CAAAACAAUGUCUCUUGUCAGUUAAAUAUUACAAGCAAUAUAGGACACACACGCCCACACAAUAUAUUUUAGUCCGGCAAUUAGUUGUAGCCCUUUCGAAGACCACAGCUACACCUACUUACAAACCUGAAUGGACGGGGACCAAGUGAAGAGCAUCCUAAAGUCGGGGAACAAUAGUGCGCAAUUCAGCCUCAAGGCGGCCAAAUUCGAUGAGGUCAACAUACUGGCCACGUUCCACCCAGCUGGAAAGGAUUACGGCCACAUGAUCAUCGACGAACCGAAGACCCCCUUCGUCUUUGAGGACGAUUUGCCAAAGGAGUUGGACACAAAUGCCCUGAUCGAAAAGCUGCGCCUGACUUCAAAGUCAGAAAUGCCGGCAUUUGGCAUCGAAGGAGAAUCGGAUGAAUCCUCGGCGGACGAAGACUAUCCCGAGUCUGUGGAGGAAAAAGUGCGACGGAUGGAGUUUGAGAGGCGUCGCAAAUUGCACUACAAGGAGUUCUAUUCGGUGCCACUGGCUCGACGUCUUAUAGCCGAGGAGUUUGCCGAGUUGACCAGUGCGGAGAGUAGUAUUCACUGCGAAAGGUCAAUGGAAUCUUGCGAAGCGUGCAGUGAAUGUAAUCAGACAAUCGACGGCGAAGGGAGCAACUUGACCAAAACCAAAUCCUCAUAUUCUGUCAGUCAAUCCGAUGAAAGGUUAUCAGAUCGUUCUGAGCCCGAACCAGGCUUCUCCCCCAGCCAUCAUUGCUACCAGAAACUGAAGGCCGAGCUCUUCAGCAAACCAGAGAUCGAAGAACUGGCCUCUUUAACUCACUUGCAUCGCCUGCCAUCGGUCGUCGAUGAUGAACCAAGCCGCGAGCCUCGGGUCCCAUAUCCUUCUGUCAUGCCGUUUCAAAGACAUACUCUACAGGACAACGACUCAACUCGGAAAGCAUCGCACGAGAGGUCGGCUCCUGCUCGUAUAUGUAAAUCCAACCCCGAUAAACGUGGUGGAACUUCUUGGAAAGAGACCCGCUAAAAUCAUUCCAUCCUUUCCACCACGUAGAUUUCUUCAAAAUUUUGAAGUUUAUUUAAACAACAACCUUGUACACAGAAUAUGAUUUGGGAUUAAAACUAUUGUGAGCUUUAUAAA